AGGGGAUGUAGGGGUCUAAAAAUUUUUAUCUUUCACGCUGUUUGAGUCAGAGCGACAUUCAUUAUAUUACUAAACACUCAUCCAAGAAGCAUCAUAAAUCUGCUCUUAUCAGACCCCAGUCAGAUAUGAUUCUCGUGAAUCAGGAAUUUAAUUAUGUUAGUACUUGAUGCCAUUUCGGAGCCAGUGCCCCACAGGCUGGUGCGCGUAACAGGGGCAGUCCGCCACUGGACCUGCCAGCAGGCACAUCAUGUGAACAUUGGUGGGCUGCUAUUUCCUGUCUAUGGCCAGCAGUUCAUUGGCUGGCUGGUGCUUGUGCCUGGCUGUCAGGAAGUGACUUUGUCUGUGGACUGCGACCAGUGUCGGCUGCACUGUCAAAGAUCAGUGAGACUGCUGUGCAGGCCAGUAAAUGGGCCACAUUGUGUGCAGCCCACCCUUCUGGUGUGUGCUGAAGAGGAUGGCUCGGUGCCAGCGCCGCCGGGUGAGGACGGCAGCAGGGCGAGCGCCGCUCGCCGCCUCUGGCUCGGCUGUCUGCUGCUGCAGGCGCUGAUCGCCGACAAACUUCGCGAGCACUUCCCCGGACGAUCGGCACGCACGUUCGCCCUGCGCGACACAGUGCUGACACAACGCCUCCGCCUGACCCGCGCCGAGGCACAACGCCUCGAGCCCCGCCAGCUGUGGAGCCGCGUCGCCGCCGAGCUGCGCAGCACCGGCAUCGACCUGGCGACCACCAAGGUGCUGGGGUUCCUCACAGGCCCCGCCCUGGACGGAGGUCACGUGUGGCAGGGCGGCGGCGGCCUGGCGCUGUGCUCAGCCGCCUGUCUCUUCAGCUGGCCGCGAUCGGUGCCCGAGAUCGUGCCGCGGUUCUGUGACGGCCGCGCGGCGCCGGAGUGGGCCGAUACCUCCGGCCGCGGCACGCGCUGGGCCUGCCUGAGCACCACGCUGGGCGCCGCCGCGCACGAGCUCUGUCACGCGCUGGACCUAGGCCACGCUGAGCACGGUCUGAUGGGCCGCGCCUACGACGAGCUGUGGCGGUACUGCGUGCUGAGUACGGAGGGCGCCACGGGAGGACUACGUCGGCCGCCACCGGAGCUGCCAACAGUGCCCGGUGUGCCGGCCGGCCACCGCUGCGACGCCGACUGCCACUCGCGUGCGGCGCCCUGCCCGCCGGCCACCAGCGACCUGACGUUCCUGGACGCCGCCAGCGCGGCGUUACUCUAUCACCACGCCUGGUGCGGCGCUGCCGAGGGUGCCGACGGACCAGGAACUGUGCAGAUCUCUCCGCAACUGGAGGUUGUGUCGUCUCGGCCGUUGCGCGUGGUAGUGUGCAGAACUGCGGACGAAGAGGCGAAGCUUGUGGGACUUUGGACGCUGAGUGGAGAGGACUACAGGCUGGACUUAGGUCCAUGGUUUCACGGUGUUGUGGUGGACUUUCGUGACGCUAAUUCGGCCAUGAUCGGCAGGAAUACAAAACCAACUUCACCAGACGUUUCGGAAGAAAGACUUGAGAAACCUUCCGGCAAUCUGUCAGACACAGGUGUGUGGAAACAGGAUGUGACUACCGAUAUAGAUCUUCCAUCGGGACGUCAACAACGCCGGUCGUCUGGACAAGAGGUGGAGGACUUUCUGGGUCAUAGUGUUGUAGAGGCUGCUCAAGAGUUUUUGAUUCUCGUUGAAAAUGAUAAUGGCGGUCUCGCAAAGCGUGUUUAUCGGCUAUAAACGGUUCUUUUCAGCCAUCGUUACCUACUAGAGUAAAGGAAACUGUAUUGUGUCUCUCGCUAUAGGUACAGAGUGCUAGUCUGUGCAGAAAGUCUAGUCCGCUGCGUUUGUCUGAAGUCAAGCUGAGUCGUGUGAGGACUUCAUAUUCCAUAGCGUUAUGCUGCAACAAGGGAAACUCAAUU